UGCGCACUGGGCGGUCCAGCGCCGCCGCCCACCGGCUGAGCACCGUAACCGGGUCUCCGGGGCCGUGGUUGUGCGCGGCCGAGGAGGAGGAAGCUCAGGCGGUCGGGAUGACUGCUUAGAAAACUACACAGCCCACCAGCAUCUGAUGAAAUUAGCGUAUAAGCACAUCAACCAUGUCUUACACUCCAGGAAUUGGCGGUGACCCUGCUCAGCUGGCCCAGCGGAUUUCUUCCAACAUCCAGAAGAUCACACAAUGUUCUGUGGAAAUACAGAGAGCUCUGAAUCAACUUGGAACACCUCAAGAUUCACCUGAAUUGAGGCAACAAUUGCAACAGAAGCAGCAGUACACUAACCAGCUUGCCAAAGAAACUGAUAAGUACAUUAAAGAGUUUGGAUCUCUGCCCACCACCCCCAGUGAACAGCGUCAAAGAAAAAUACAGAAAGAUCGCUUAGUGGCUGAAUUCACAACAUCACUGACAAACUUUCAAAAGGUCCAGAGGCAGGCUGCUGAGAAGGAGAAGGAUUUUGUUGCUCGGGUUAGAGCCAGUUCCAGAGUAUCUGGUGGUUUUCCUGAGGACAGCUCAAAAGAAAAGAAUCUUGUAUCUUGGGAAAGCCAAACUCAACCUCAAGUACAGGUGCAGGAUGAAGAAAUUACAGAGGAUGACCUCCGCCUUAUCCAUGAGCGAGAAUCUUCUAUCAGGCAACUUGAAGCUGACAUUAUGGAUAUUAAUGAAAUAUUUAAAGAUUUGGGAAUGAUGAUUCAUGAGCAAGGAGAUGUGAUAGAUAGCAUAGAAGCCAAUGUCGAAAAUGCAGAGGUGCACGUUCAGCAAGCAAACCAGCAGCUGUCGAGGGCAGCAGACUAUCAGCGCAAAUCCAGAAAAACCCUGUGCAUCAUCAUUUUUAUCCUUGUCAUCGGAGUUGUAGUUAUUGGUCUCAUCAUAUGGGGGGUGAAUCGCAGCUAAAAUUAUGAAAGAGUGCAAUAUUAUACUACACUAUUAAAUUAUGUGGGAAGAUUCCUGUAAUCCUUUUUUUUUUCGAUGCUAUUAAAUGUAAGAGAUGGUUACCAUACUUUAUUUUGGGGGAGGUUUCCUUUGGAUUAAAUCUGGCAUUUUCUAACCUGACCUUUUCUGGAAUACCACGGUUGGCAUAGAUCCUGCUCUUGCCCACAUUGUAUAUGCCUUUCAUUUGUAAUUUAUUUAUCCUAUCGACUUAGCUUUUGGAAUUAGUUAAAGGUCUGUGUAUUCUGUGUAUUUCUGUUUUUCUAUCACAGUGCAACAUACACCUAGAUUUUGUUACUUCAUUUAAAAAUACCAAAUUUGAUUUUCAUUCAUCAGCAGAGGAGAUAUUCUCAAUACCUUAAAGGGAAAUUAUUAUAUCUAAUUGUGUUCUUUUUUUUUUUUCUGAUUCACAACAGUACCGAUUAUUUAACUUUUAUUUGUUUUCUCUUAAGACCCUGAUUUUGAUUGAAAUCAUUGAAUAUGAUUGUAGUAUAUCACAAACCCCUGAGGUGUAUAUAUUAAGCAUCUGCUGUAGAUUGCCUAGUAAAAUGCUAAGGAUAGGUUGUUUUUAUAUAGGCUCUGUUUCAGUCUGACAUUUACUGAGGAAUGUGUUGUCACUAAAUGUUUAAUGUAAUUUGAAGGAACAGUAUGACAGGUCAGUUCCUUUUGUGUUAGAAUGCAAUGUUAAAGAUUCCAUCUUACUAUUUCACUGUGUAUUUGCACAGCUAUUAUAAUGGAAAAUUUAACUAGCUUCCAUUAUAUUCUAUAAAAUAAUGGUUACUUAUGUAUCCUUUGGUCUAAUUACCUUUGGGAAGUAACUUUCUCACAAUCAUUACUUUUGAGCACCUACUACAAAUUUAGUGUUUAGUUUGCAUAUUAAUUUGUGCCAUCAUUUAGAAAAGGAAUUGGAUAUUUGUCAGUUACCUCAGUUGCCUUUUUAAAUCAAUGUUGUUUUAAUGCACUAAACUGAAUACUGUAAAAAGGGUUAUCUUAGGUUAUAGUUUGUAUUUUAUAAUAUUCUUAUAUAGCAGUUUGAUAGUGAAGGCAAUGUUUUACAUGGCUGUGAGAUUUCAAAUGGGAACAAAUAAAAUGUUAAGAAACAAAGAAGAUUGUACAUUUGCAACCAAAAUAAAGAUGAUUUUAAGUGUCUGGGAACAUCUAUUUUAUAAGAACCUCUUGCUUCAUGGGACCAACACUUGACACUUAGCUCAUAGGUUUGCCGCUGUGCUGCCUGAAAUCUCAACUGACUUAUCUUUUUGGAGUACACUUAAAGUUUUCUUUUUAGAUUUUGCCACUAAUAGGUAGGUAGAGCUACUUUGCAUGUUUUCUGCAAAACAAACUAAAGUUUGUUGUGCGAGAUUAGGAACUUUGAGAUUUUGUGUUACCAGAACUAGAUUGUUUUAGUAAAGAGGGUGGGCAGUAGCAAGAAUUAAUACAGGUGUUAGCUGUUAUGUGCUCCUUACAGCUGAUAAGGCCUGUUCUGUGGAAGUGCCCCAUUUGAGGUGGCAGCCAGCGUCAUAGGGCUAUAUGAAGGCCCCAUUGGCUGCCACAAACCAGUUCAGUUUUUGGCCACGGUACUUGGUAAGAUGUUUCUUUUUUUAACAUUCAGGCAAAUGCAUUUACUUCUGUUUGCUUCACCAUGAGUUUCCAAAACAAGAGCAGUUCACUUAGGGGUAUGAUGUUAACACCUUUAAUUUCUGUUGUCCUUUAGAUCUUUUCCUGGUCCCUGAAGGUAUGGUAGAGAACCUGAGCAGAGGCGAGGCUGUCCUCAGAGCUCUCCAGGCACUGCCCUGAGAGAAAUUCUGGAUGGCAGAUCCUUGCCUUGGGUGGAGAAGGCUGUGGGGGACUCACUAAAAUGUAACAACUUGUAAAUUUUUAAAGCAGAUAUAAAUAAAUGAUUAAAAAUGGGAACUUAGGUGCCUUGCCAACUUCUAAAAAAUACUAAUUUUAAAGGAGAUAUUAAAAUAUUGGGAAUAAAAAGAGCUGUCUUCACUAAGAAAAAUAAAAUGAGAAGCAUAGUAAAUAACCAAAUUUUUGAAACACCUUAAUUUUAGAAUUGCUUUGAAAUGUGAAGUUUCCAGCUAUGUAACAAAGUUAGAGUUCUCAUGAUUUAACACCUACAUCAGCUUGAGUUGAACUGAACCUCAAACUGAAAAAGUUAUAUAUUAUAUGACUAAAAGUGAAUGAUGGAGAUUAAUGAGCCUCUUGGCUAACUUUGAAUGCCAGUAUUGCCUGAAGUAUUUGACACUAAAUAUUAAAAUAUUCUGGUUAUGCACAGGAUUGAUGGUAAGAGAAUGAUGCCAUUUCAUUGUAACGUAGCUUGCUUUUCAGUAGGCAUGGCCUCAGCCCUAAAAAUGCAGAGACAGGCACAAAUGGAGUUCAGUCUAGGACAGCAGGCCAUGGACACAGUACUGGAGCCAGGCUGCCUGAGCACCACGGCGCCCAGCCGCGCCCGCACCGCUGACUGAGAAUACUGCCACACGGGGAGGUGGCUGCGGGGUCCUUCAGAGCCUUCGCUGCUUUUGUUAAAAAGUUCAAGUUUUGUACACACACAAAAUAAUGUUGUGAAUACCAACCUUUUUAGACAACUUUUAUAUGAAAAAAUUGAAGGCUGUUUCUUCCACACAAUUGCUCUAUGGUUUAGCAAGAAAGAGCAGAAUCAUUGUUCUUGGUGUAAUUUCUAUUUGUUUCUUCAUGUAGAAAAAAAUGUCAUAAUAAAAGGUAAAACCUAU